AUGGAUGAAGCGCAACGCUAUAAGCUUCUGCAACGCGAGCAAGAGUACCAGGAUGACAGUUCCGACUGUGAAAAAGAUACAGCAGAAGAGGGAUCGCCUUCCCAAAGGCGUUUCUCACGAUAUGGUUGGCAAUGUUCGACAUUCGCCCUCCUGGUAAUCGCGACUAUACAAUUCUUUCUCCUGCUUCCCUCUACCUAUACGCUCUUUCACUUCAAAAGGUCUUACGAGACCGGUUUCACUACCGACUUUGAUGACGCAAAACCUCACAUUUCUCUGGAGCAACGUCAAUUCUCAUCGGGUCUCCGUGUAUCAGACAAUGGAACCGUCUAUCGCGCUGAGGGAAAACCUGGCGAGACGGCAUAUGUUGGCCGCGACCUAGAUGCCGUCGACAAAGCCUGGGACAAGCUGUUUGGGCGUCGAUAUUUUGUCCUGCAAGAUGACGAGGUCGAUCAGCUUGAUCGAGAUGAGCCAUCCCUGCCGGCCCUUGAGCCCCUAGUCGGCAUUCGAAGCCACACCGGACACUCCGGCGUGUUUGGUGGCGUUGAAGUCUUUCACUCGCUGCAUUGCUUGGACGCGCUCAGAAGAUACAUCAACGGUCAAACUCAUCACCACGGACGGAGGCUUGAAGAAGAAGGAGGAAUGCGAAUACAUAUCGAUCAUUGUGUGGACCAUCUACGACAGGGUAUUAUGUGCUCGGCUGACCUGACGCCGGUGACACUCAAACCCUUGUACUUUGGGGAUAAGAGCAAUCCUAGUGGUGCUAGCUUUGUGGGCGAAACGGAGCGACCGCACACCUGCCGAAACUUUGAGGCUAUACGGGAGUGGUCUCUUAGCAGGGACUGGUUCAAAAGUUAA